AUGGCAGAUGAUGAAACUUAUCAGAUCUUCAGUUAUGAUCCAACCACUCAAAAUAAAAGUGAACUGGACACUAUAUUAGUCCAAGCAAAGAAUGGGGAUGUCAUUAAUGGAAAAAUCUGGAAGACAAUAAGCCAGGACUUUCUUGUGGUACUGAUUAUAAAGAUGGCGCCAAAGAGCCACAAGAACCUGGAAUCACCUCCAGGAAUUGUUGAAGAAAUGCACAAAAAUAAUAUCUCACACAUCUUUAUCCUGGGAUUUCCACAUCUGUACAGCUUUAGUAGUCUAUUGUUUUCGUUCCUGCUCAUCGUUUACUGUGUCACCAUAUGCGGUAAUGUUAUUAUCAUUGCUCUAGUUUCAGUAAACAAAAAUCUUCAUUCACCAAUGUAUUUCUUCAUCACACAAAUAUCUUUACUGGACAUCCUGAUGACCACGGACAUUCUCCCUUACUUACUUCACAUUGUCCUGAACAAUGGUGGCACUGUGUCUCUUGUUGCCUGUAUAUUACAGUUUUUUGUUCUUGGCAAAUCAGAAAUAAUAGAGUGUCUCAUCCUGACGGUGAUGUCUUUUGACCGUUAUGUGGCUAUCUGCAACCCACUGAGAUAUAGCUCUGUAAUCAACAGAAGAUUCUGUGAGAUUUCUGUCAUAGCAUCAUGGUCUUUGAGCUUUUUGUUGGUGUUGAUGAAUGCUGUAGCUACAUACAAAUUAGACUUCUGUGGAUCUAAUGUUGUUGAUCAUUUCUUCUGUGAUUUAACUCCCAUUCUAGAGCUUUCUUGUUCAGAUAUAUCAAUAGUUCAAAAACAGACCAUUUUUAUUUGUUUUAUUGCAGUUGUAUUUCCAUUCAUAAUAAUCUUUGUUUCUUAUGUGGGUAUUAUUAGCACCAUCCUACAAAUUCGCUCCAUCAGUGGGAGACAGAAAGCCUUCUCCACCUGCAGCUCCCACCUGGCUGUUGUGUCUAUAUAUUUUGGAUCUCUAAUUUCUGUGUAUAUGGUUCCAACAGAAGGAAAAUUAUUUGCUAACAGCAAGACAUUAUCGCUGCUUUACACUGUGGUGACACCACUGCUUAACCCAUUUAUAUACAGCCUGAGGAAUAAAGACUUUAAGAAAGCUUUUGAAAAAUUCAAAUGUAGUUUGCGUGAAUUCAUAGACAACUUCAGGCACAAAAAGAAAAACUUUCGUGAACAAACAUAA